GAUGAGCUCAAGUAUCACUGUAACACAAGGACAUAUUCUCUGAGCAGAGGCUACAGAUUGUGCACACCUUCAUCUUCGUCGUCACAGGAGUUUCUCUUCCUCCCCGAGCUGCAAGGUCUGCUGUCACCAUGUCCGACACUGAAGAAGUGGAUCAGUUUGAGGCUGAAGAUGAGGAAGCCCAGGAGGAGUUAGUAGAAGUAGAAGUAGCCCCUGAGGCGGAGGCCCAGGUAGAAGCAGAGCCAGAGGUAGAGCCUGAACCAGACGUAGAGCCUGAACCAGAGGCAGAACCCGAGCCACAGGCGGUGGUUCGUGAGGAGGAAGAUGGCUAUGAAGAGGAAGUGGAGGAGGGAGAUCAAGAUGAAGAGAAGCCAAAGUUCAAACCAACUGCUCCCAAGAUCCCUGAUGGGGAGAAGGUCGACUUUGAUGACAUCCAGAAGAAACGUCAAAACAAAGACUUAGUUGAGCUUCAGUCGCUGAUCGAUGCUCACUUUGAGUGCAGGAAGAAGGAGGAGGAGGAGUUAAUUGCUCUCAAAGAAAGAAUUGAGAAGCGUAGAGCUGAACGAGCAGAGCAGCAAAGGAUUCGAGCUGACAAGGAUAAGGAGCGCCAAGCCAGACGGGAGGCAGAGCGGAUAAGGAAGGAGGAGGCCGAUGCCCACAGGAAGGCUGAAGAUGAAGCUAAGAAGAAGAUUGCUCUGUCGAGCAUGGGAUCAGGCUUCAGCAGCCAUCUGCAGAGGGUGGACCAGAAGAGAGGCAAGAAGCAGACCGAGAGGGAAAAAAAGAAGAAGAUUCUGGCAGAGAGAUGCCAACCGCUGGCCAUCGACAAUCUCAGUGACGACAAACUGAGGGAAACGGCAAAGGAGAUGUGGGAGUGGCUGCACAGCCUGGAGGAGAUUAAAUAUGAUCACUGUGAGAAGCUCAAGAGACAGCGAUAUGAGGUAAUCUCUCUCAGAAAUCGCAUCGAUGAGCUGCAAAAACAUAGCAAGAAAGGAGCCGCCACACGCCGCAGAAAGUGAGGUCUGUGCCAGUCAGGCUGGAGAGGAAACACGUUGGCGAUGCUGCGACCACCGCACCCACGAGAAACCUGCAGCGCCAGUACAACGACAGCUGGACACGCGUUGUUUUCUGGAUGGAUUUACGUCCACUCAAUACAUCAAGCGUUCAUCAUUAUAUUUGUAUAACGAUAGUGUGACUGACUGUCCAGAAAAUAAAUAUCGU